AUGGCGUCUUCAACUCAAGACGAAGAAGAAGUCCACCACCGCAAGGAAGAAGACGCACUCGCCAAAGAACCGGACCUUGACCUGAACAAAGAAGCCAAACACGAAGACGAUGACAAGAUCGUGGCCUCAGAGUCAGAGACAAGGGAAGCAAAGAAGCAGAAAGUGGAACAAGAAGUCAAAGAUGCUGAUCAAGAAGACGAAAGCAGAGGAGCUACGACGAUGGUGCCUUCAACGACAACACCAAGAAGCUUAACUCAAGAAGAAGCAAAGCUUAGCCGAGCAAUGCAGCAGACCGAUCCAAAAGCAGCUGACGACGAGCGACGUGAAAAGAACAAGCUGUCUCACUCUGGGCUGUCUUUAUCGAACUCGCAAGUGAGGAAGAAGUUUCAGCAGCUUCUCGAAGAAUCAGGGAAAAACGAGAGGAGGUUUUCGGUAUACGGACCAGACGGGAAGGUUCAUGAGAUUUGGCUUGGUAAGGAGAGGACGUCGUCGUUUGGUUUGACGAUAGGGUGGUGGAGGUUCGUGGUAGAGUAUUGGCUCAAGGAGUGGUGUAACUUCGUCACGGUUUGGAUGUUUAGGCACAGAGUCACUCAACGGAUUUGCUUAGCUAUUGAUGUCACAAUGUUUGCGUUCUGGAAACAGGUUAGUAAGAGGAUCUCUCAGGCUGCUUUCGAGGAUUCUGAUUAG